AUGGAUGCCGGAGGCUCCUCAGCGAUUAGCAACUCUCGGCCGUCGGAUCGUUUCCUUGAUCUGCCUCUCUCCCGCACUCGCGCAGCCCAUCUCUCUUCCUCCCGUCACCCCCCCUCCUCGCUCGAUCUCCUCCCUCGCUUCGCCCUCCCCUCCCCUCGAUCUGAAUCCUCCCCUGAACCCAGAACUCCAUCGCCGCGGCCCGCUCUCCUGUCCAUCUCCAUCGCCGCGGCCCGCUCUCCUGUCCAUCUCCAUCGCCGCGGAGGAGGAGAUCCAGGCAGAGCGCUCCGCUAUCUCCAUCGCCGCGGCCCGCCCUUCUGUCCGCGUCUCCCGCGGCUGCUCCUCUGGCAGGAGGAGCAGCCCGAAGGCUGCCUCUACAGCAGCAGCAGCAGCGGAAUCACAUCCCACAGGCACCAAAAGGCGGUCGGAAGGAGGCGAGCGGCCACCACCGACACACUCGCCGCUGACGCCGGCGGCGACGAACGGAUCCUGGCCGUCCCCGUCUCCUUCACAUCAGAUCCGUCAAGGUCCAGCGGACGACAUCAUGGGUGGCGUGCGGAUGGGCACGGAGCCACGGACGCACACCUCUACGGCGACCCCAAUGCCGCCGCCGUCUCGGCGCUCCUCGCAUCCCGCUCCGACGGCGACAAGUUCGACGCGCUGAAACACCUCCUCGCCCUCAUCGCGCAAGACCUUGACGUCUCCUACCUCUUCCCGCAGGCGGUCAAGAACAUGGUGGCGCAGUCGCUUGAGCUGAAGACGCUCGUCCCAUCUACAAGUCUACAAGUCAUGGGUGUUGGAUAUACUGGGUCACUCGCAGCUCAUGCCCAAAACAUGGUGACCACAGAUUUGUUUCCAUCUUAUAACAUCAUGGAAGAAGGGUGGCUUAUAUUCCACCCGAUCAUGCAAGAGUGUUACCGAGAAUAUAAGCUAGGCCUAAAAGAUGGAGAAGCCUACACAGACUCCGGUUCUGCUUCCACUGUCAUGGGUUUGUCAUUCGGGACACCUGUCGUCGGGUUGCGGAUCCGCAUGCCCUGCCUCUGUUCGAUCCAGCUGGGUCAAUGACAUAGCGGAGAGUACAGAAGAGUGCGAUCUGGUGCUGCCCGUGUUAGAUGGAUGAGCUGGUGCCUCACGGCGCGGGCACCACGGUGGUUCAGCCUCAAGUGCAACCUUUGUCUGGGUAGGCAUCCUCCUUGUCGAGCUCAAGCUCAAGAAGUACCUCUGGGGUCUCCACAACACCAACAUCAACGGGCUGGCUUGUUCGUGUUCUUCUGGUGCUGCUCAAUCCGUCAGUCGCAUCUAAUUAUGCAUUGGACAGCUCAACAAUUUGAUUAUGAGUCUAUUCUGGUGCACAUCCGGUCGAUGAUUUCUAAGGAUAUACAGAUCUUCUAAUAUUUGUAGAGGGCUAACGAAAAGACUUAUGCUUCAAGUGCCAAGAAUAUCAUUUCUUGCAAGAUAAGGUUAGUGCCUUCUAAUAUUUAUUCUUUUGGAAGUCAGUGCCUUAAGGUGAUAAUUUUUAGAAGUUGGAUUCAUCAAUUUCUUUAGCAUGUGUUGGCCCUUUAUACAAUUUUUUGUCUGUUUCCUCUUUAUGAUGAUGUCCUGGAAAUGAACUCAUGUGCUACGUUGUCUGUAUUACUUUGUUAUUUUAGUGAAUUUGUUACUCCAUUCGGGGAUUUUAAUGUAAAAACACAUGCGUAGAGCUUGGAGAGAUUGAUUCUAUAGUAGGUUUUGUUUGUACACCUAAGAUGUAUAAGAGCAGGUUCCUAUUCUAGCCCUGUGUAAUAUUCAUGCAUGGAGAAAUACCCCAUAAUACAUGGAUAAAAAGAAAAGAAAUAGCUUAGGAUACAGCUAGAUAUGCCAUUCUUUCUUGCAAUAUGCACUUCAAUUUUGGUUGUGGCUUAAAUGUUCAACACAUUAAACAGUUUAGUAGAGCAGAAAGACUUGCAUGGGUUCCUUGAGAAGAUUUACAUGGAGAAGUGUUGCUCCUAUUACAAAUGAAUGUUUAUUCUUUCUUUUAUCUCAUUGAUCGAAUACAUAUGCUAAACGAGGAUUUCUACUAAUAUGAAAAUUACUUGCUUGAUCACAUCGUUGGGACCGGCAUCCUCGCGCCAAGGCGUGAUCCCGAUCUCCAUGUAAAUCUUCCCCUGCUCUCCCGUCGCGUCAAAUUCCUCCGCCGCAUCCGCUUCCCCAGCGCCCCUCCUCAUCAACGGCGGCCGAGGACAGUGAUUGCCAGAUCACAGGGGUGGCGGGCCCUAACCGGCCCAGGGGCGUGCCCAGGAAGAGGGAUGCCAGGGCGCCGAGCCAGGUCCAUGGUGACCGCGUCAAGACCGUUCCGCCGAGGGGGAGGCUGAGAGCAAGUUGGCCAAGGAGCUCAGGAGGGAGCUGGAGUGUACGUUGAACCAGAUGAAUGACUUGGUGCGCAUCUUACUAGCCACUUAUUGUUAUUGGUCCAUAUACUCCCUGCCCCUGCGCUCUGGCUUCUACUCGCAAUCAUGAUGCUGCUUGCUUGGUGUGUUGGAUUGGGGGCCGUGGAUUCAAUGGCAUCGGUGCGUCGCGAGGUUUGCUAAGGUCCUCUGUUCUAGCAGUCUGUGCGCCGGAUCUGUUGUUGUGACCCUUGAUCUGUUGGUCUGCUGGGAGUGCUCGUGGCUCUGCUCGAUUUGUCCUGCUGUGUCUUCAGUCGCUGCUCUGCAGGUUCUGUCAAAUUGGUUUUAGUUACUGUUUCUUGUGUACUGUGGAUACUAAGGGGCAAUGGGCACAACUACAAAACUCAGAGCAGCGAAACCCACAUAUACUACCUGAAGGAGAGUUCUCUGUUCUCCUUUAGUUAUCACCUUUUAUUGUUCUUUUACUACUUAUGAUGCAAGAUAGUUCUCUGGGUUUGUUGUUUUACUUUACCAUACCUAACAAUGGAGAUUCAUGUCGAGUGGCUGCACUUUUGGUAUUGAACUUCAUGCCGAGUGGCUAUCUUUUGUGGUCUAAUAAACACACUGAAAUGGAUUCUGACUUAUAAUCUCAUGCCGAUAUUAAGCACCACUAUGUCUUGCUCCUAUAACAAUUGAAUGUCUCUUCUUAACUUUAUUGUUAUUCUAUAUGAAUGCAUAUGCUAAACCUGGAUUCCUUCAACUUAGCAUUAUCCGCUUGAUCAGAGUGUUGGGACCGGCACACUCGCACCAAGGCGCAAUCCCUGAGUGACAAGUCGGUUGCUGCAAGUCUUGCAAGAAAUUUGGGUGACAAGGCGUCUGGACGGAACUAUCUAUCCGUCUAUCUAUCUAUCUAAUAUAGUUUACUACUAUACCAUGUAAAAUUAGUGUCUCCACUACCACUAUGGCUUGGUGUGGUCAUGCUAUGAUGUUAGCGGAUACGAAUGUUUAGUGAUGUGUUGAUUCAGGAAAUUCGCAUUUGGUUCAGCAUGUAGUUGGGCUCUAUGCUCUUAGGAGAUAAUGUUCUGUGAAUUCUUUUCCAACUGUUAUUGCCACAAAAUUGAAAUUUGGUAUUGACAUUAUGAAGAUUACCUUAAGUGUGA